AUGAACCAGAACGUCACUGAGUUAGCAGCCGCAACCGAAGAAAGAGUUUACUACUUAUGCAGUGCCUUCAUCAUACUGGCUUCUACAUUAGGAAUUAUUUUUAACACUCUUGCUUUUCGUCGAAUGACGAGAACUUAUAGACAAGCCUAUAUAUUCAUAACGCUAUGUAUGAUAAAAGCCUUAACCAACGGUAUAGUUCUAAUUAUCUUCUUACUAUAUGUUGCGAGCUUAACUAUCAUCAAAAGCAAUAACCUGCCAGAUUUUGUAAACAAUCUUAUUGGUGGCGUAGAGGGUGCUGCUUACUUCGCAGGUAGAAUGGCUCAAGUAUUGAUAGCUAUAAACAGUUGUUACGUGGUAUUCAAUCCAUUACGAUCUACCAACCAUUUAAUAACUAUGUUUAUUUGCGGCAUUCCCAUAGUACUAGGUGCAACCUAUGGAAUCCCUAGACUAGUAUCUUCAUCUUGCAUGUACUAUUAUGCCCCUAAUAUCCUAUCCUGGCUUUACACUGAAAAGCCAUGUGCUUUGCUGAUGAGAGAGAUAGUAAACAACGUUCUCAAUGGUACUAUGACACUUUCAGCGCUUUGUCAUCUUACAACUUUCCUCAAAAUAUGUUAUGAGCUGCAUAAAAAUAAGUUUAUAUCAUCUGAAGAAACUUCAAAACGCCUCAGUCGCUCACGUUGGAAGCUUUUCCAGUGCGUAUGUCAGGAUGCCCUAUUCGCUCUCGACAAUAUGCUGUAUCAGAGCUUAUCUAACCAAAUUCCGCUGUGGCAAAGAUUUUUUUGUAACACAUAUUUCUGGAAUCUGGCUCAUGGCGUCGAUGGUUUCAUUAUGUUCGUGAUUGAUAGGAAAGCACAUGUAUCUCCCAGGAUACCGACAGUGCAUUCCGUUCAACGAAGGUCAACAAUCCAUACUCGUUGA